AUGAGUCGGGUAGGUCGGGGCGCGCGAGCCUCGUUUCAGUCAGGUGCCAGGCGCCGAACACGUAACACCGUGCCGUGUAUCUUAAGUGCUGAGAUUUACCAUUUAAGGAUGUCACGGCACGUUCUCCUUUCACGUUUGGCGGAGCAGUUCCAGUCCUCCUCGCCGCCACAAACACAACGUUUUCCUUCACCAAAUCGCAGUCCCUCGCCUCACUCGCCGGCUUCAACACGAUCACCUCCACACACCCCUGACUCCAUCCCUCAUCACCGGCUAGAUCUUCUGCAACUUGGAGAUAUCGAAAUUGCUGGAAGAGCGCUUAAGCAAUACGCCCGAGCCACAGAACUAGGAGCACUGAUGUACUGCAGUGGAUUGGGUGCAUUGUAUGGAGGUGCGGGCGUAUGGCCGUUGCUGAUGCCAAGAGCUUCCCGACAAUACGCGUUGCCACCGCUAGACCACAUGAGACAUACUCCGCCUAGAGAUGAUGACGACGAGGAAUUACCGCUCAAUCUUUCGAUGAAAAAUCGCCACAUUUGGUCGCCUGGGAGCGCUUGUGAACGCGAGAAAAGUGAUACGGGGGCAGAGUCACCACAACUACGGUGGGAUAUUAGGGAAGAAGAUGAUACUCCUUUGGAAUUAGUAAAGAGAUGUCGAAGUAGUCCAGAGGAAACCGAUCGCCCAACAAGCGCUGACCGCCGCUGUCCAUCAGCUCCCGCAUAUCAAAACUUCCCGCCACCGCCUCCACAAACCGGAGACAUAAAUUUUACCGUACUCCUCAAGAAUGAAAACAGAAAUGAGAAGUCCUUUCAGUGUAAGCAAUGCGGAAAGUGCUUCAAACGAUCCAGUACACUCUCCACCCAUUUGCUCAUCCACUCGGAUACCAGACCUUACCCUUGCCAGUACUGCGGGAAACGGUUUCACCAAAAAUCUGACAUGAAGAAACACACUUACAUUCAUACAGGAGAGAAGCCACACAAGUGUGUCGUAUGCUUGAAAGCAUUCAGCCAGAGCUCGAAUCUCAUCACGCACAUGCGCAAACACACAGGUUACAAGCCGUUUUCGUGUGGGUUGUGCGACAAGGCGUUCCAGCGCAAAGUGGAUUUACGCCGCCAUCGAGAUUCCCAGCACGCGGAGUCCGUAGCCGAAGUACCCAUCACAGCGCUACCAUCGCGCUACAGAUACUAUGAGAACGACUCUCCCACUCCAUUAACCCCAGUCGUUACAAAUUGA